UUUUUUUUCCAUGGGAUGACCAGUGACGACACGUGGGAUCUAGAGAGCUGGGGCUGGACUGUUCUUUCCAGCUACUCCUCUUUAGCACUCGACUUUGAGAGAGAGCUCAGGAUUGGGCCUGUCUACGAGUCACCCAGGAUGUCCAGACGCAGUCUCCGUCUGCACACCAACACAAGUCACUAUGGAGAUGACAGUCUGCUUGACUCGUCACUCCACCACAGCGCCACAUUCAGCCGUGAUACAACUCUGAAGAGCAGAAGAGCUCAUCACUCUGUUUCAGGGUCAACACAGAUUGUUCAAACACCGAGAUCUGCCUCAACGUCAGUCCUGCAGGCUCAUAACAGCACCCUCAACAGCUGUGCGCCCAGUGAUGCCUCUCUGCUGUCCUCUCUGCUAGAUGAGUCCUCCAUACAGGAACACACCCUAGUUGACAGCUUCUGGGGUUUGGAUGAAGACUGUGAUAUCAAAGACCAAACUAUCAUUGCACACCACAGCACAGUGGAGGCCAAAACACAGACUUCUACAGCACAGAACGGCUACGUCUGCAAAGACUGCACCAUCACCUCUCCUUCCAAGAACAACAGUUCCCUUCAUAAUGCUACUGGGCAUCAGGUGUCUUUUACAGAGGCAGCCAGCACAGCUUCCUUUCCAAACACUACAUUGUACUGCAGGGACAAGAAUCGCAGACACAAGCCAGGGUUACUGGGGAUGUUGUCUGAGAUGUGCCUUCAUUACAGCAGGAGAAUUGCUGCAUUUGUAGUGUACAUAUGCACACUGCUGAUGCAGACGGCUCUACUCAAAGGCAUGCUGUUAUCAGUGUUGCACUGGUUUGUGCGAGUGUGUAAGGGAGUUGCUCGCUCCACAGCCACUGUGCUGAAGACAUUGCAUUCUGUGCAGCAGAAGAGAGCCACCAAUGGCUGUGCUAACGGAGGCAAUGAGAAGUACUACAGCAGUAUGAGUGUUAAAGAGGUAGUGCUGCAAAAGGAACGGCCAAAGUUCAGCGGCAUACUGUGGAGGACAACCUCAGAAAGCUUCUUGUGGCUUUACAAUUUCUUUGCAAAGUCUCUUCCUAUGCUUUCAAAAGUUCUGUUUCUUGUACCUUUCCUUCUGUUCUUCGCUCUGUGCUACUGGGGGCCCUCCGGACUUUUGGCCAUGAUGCCUGCUGCUAAUGUGAUGGAUUGGAGGGACACAUCCUAUCUCACCCCUCCGACCAUGGACGACUCGGAGAACGGACAAACUCUCACCGACACAGACUCUCAGGCCCUCGGUGCUGUCGAUGGCGUCGGUAGAGAGAGGCUGAUACGUUUGGAGGAGAGCUUGUCUCAGCUGUGGGAUCGAGUGGCAGGAGGUUUGCUCAGGCAGGAAGAGCAGCACACUGAAGUGCUCAGUCUAUAUAACACGCUACAUUCAGAGCUUCACAGACACACGGACAGAGAGAGCCUGGGCCAGUGGAUAGGAGACCUGCUGGAGGAGAGAUUCAGCCUGAUGAAGGGAGAGGUGCAGAAAGAGGCCAAGAACACGCAGCAGCGUCAGGAAAAGCAUGCAGAAGAGCGUCAGUCAGAGAACACUCGACUCGCUGAAGCUGAGGCUCUGCUCCAGACGUUAGCGCGCAAAACUGAGGAGCUGCAGAGAAAACACGAGCCCGCAUUUAGAAAGAUUCAUGAGGCUGAGGCACCCACCCCUGAUCCUCACAGUGAGGAGGAUGAAAGCAGUGCCAGUGAGGUUUUGCUGGCAGAGGUGAGGCGGCUAGAGGAGGCUUUGGAGCGCAUCAGAGAUGAUGUGCAGGGGCUGAUGGGAUGCAGAGACAAAUGUGACCAGCUGGCCUCCUUUUCAAGCUCAGUGUCCGAGCAGGUGGAAAGGGAAAUCAAGUCUCUGUUUUACGGCAGUGACAGAGAAGAAGAGCUGGAGCUUCCUGAAUCUCUCCUGCAGUGGCUCUCUGAUCACUUUGUGAGCACCACUGAACUGCAGGCUUCACUCAGCGUGCUGGAGAGCAGCAUUCUGGGUAACCUGUCCCUUCAGGUAGAGGAGGGCCAGUCACCUUCUAAAGAGACAAUCACCCGGACUGUACUACAUGCCACAGGGGAGGCAGGCCUCUCUGAGGAACAUGUACAGUUGAUUGUCAACAAUGCAAUGAAGCUCUAUUCUGAAGACCGCACUGGUCUGGUGGACUAUGCUUUGGAAUCUGGAGGUGGCAGCAUCAUAAGCACUCGUUGUUCAGAGUCCUUCAACACCAAAACGGCACUGCUGAGUCUGUUUGGCCUCCCGCUGUGGUACUUCUCCCAGUCACCACGUGUCGUCAUACAGCCAGACGUGCAUCCUGGGAACUGCUGGGCAUUUAAAGGUUCAUAUGGUUAUCUGGUGAUCGGCUUGUCCAUGAAGAUUGUGCCUACAGCCUUUUCUCUGGAUCAUGUGCCCAAAUCCCUGUCACCCACCGGCAACAUUAGCAGUGCCCCUCGAGACUUCAAUGUCUAUGGUCUUGAUGAUGAGCAGCAGGAAGAGGGGCAGUUGCUCGGACAGUUUGUCUACGAAGAAGAUGGAGACGCUCUUCAGACCUUCUUGGUCUCUGAGGAGAUCACACAAGCUUUUCAGAUCAUUGAGAUGAGAGUGCUGUCUAACUGGGGUCAUCCUGAAUACACCUGUGUGUAUCGUUUCCGGGUGCACGGGAAGGUUGUUGAUGAAUGACUUGCAAGCACUUGGGACGUUAUGAACUCCUGACAAUUUGUCACUCGUGCACUGGACAAAAAGAGGAAUGGAGUCGGUUGAGAAACAAAUAAUGUGCCAUAGAGCUAUACUGGUAAUAUAUGAUUGCAUGCUGGUCCAUGUACUGUUAGGCCUCAGGGCCAGACUCAGCACUUGCACUCUUGUCUCAUGCUGAUGCAGCACAGUUUCCACUUUUGUCAGUCAUCAGGGUAAUGCUUUUUUUCCUUUGGAUAUUAUUUAUUAUUAUUAUUAUUAUUAUUAUUAUUAUUAUUAUUAUUAUACAUGUUAGAAUUCACCAGCAACAAAUGCAUGACAAAAUUCUACAAACAAACCAGUGAAGAAUGUAUUUUAGACUAAAUGUAAAUCUUGUUUAUAAGUUCUUCAGUUUUGUGCUUUUUUUUUUUUUUUUUUUUUUUUU